GCUCGAAAGGAUCAGUAUCGAUCAUUUAGUUUUUAUUGAACGUGUUAUUUAUUUACAUAUAUUCAUCUACAUUAUCAGCAUUUCAUCAUCAAAUUCAUUUAUAAAUUCAUUCAUUUAAUAGAUAAAACAACCAUGGCAUCAAUGCAAAAUUUUUUUACUAUUAUCCUUUUGGCGACAACCACGUUCAUUGUUUUGGAUUUGAGUAAAAAUGAUUCUUUUAAUAAAUCAGCAACGGGAAAAUAUCUUAACAAGAUUGGUGUUGGACCUCAUUUGCAACGAUUCAUCAACACAAUCAUACAUUCGGAAUUUUAUCGACAAUAUGUCCUACCUGCUUAUAAUUCAUUAAUUCGAACAUUAGCACCACAUAUGGCUUUCAUUCGAAAAGAAACAAUCAAAUAUGGUAAUCAUGUAUCCGUUUGGUUUAAAAAUACUUUUCCAUCAUUGUUGCAAACAAUUGAACGAAAAGUAAUUCCAGCCAUUGCUGAACAUUAUUCUCAUUUCGUAGUAUACACACAAAAAUACUGGACAGUAACAUAUUCAAAAAUGCAAGAAAUAAGUCUUAUUACUGGUGAAUGGAUCAACCAAAAUGUUUUCACUAAAUUUCCACGCGAUCAGCUAUUGAAAACAUUUAAUGAAUUCAUUGCGAAUACACAGAAAAUGGCAUAUAAUUCAUAUGAAUAUUUGGCGAGUCAAAUACAGAAAUUCAUUGCUGCAUAAUUACUCUUGGAUUUUUGUUUGGCGUUUAAUUAAAUAAUAUAAAUUGGCGAACAAACCAACAAAAACAUGGUUGUCAUUCCUGAUUUUUGUAAAUUUUCAUUUCCAGUGGAUGUUUCUCUUUACAUUCCCACCUUUACAUUCUUAUUCUUUUCAAUACUUAACAACCUAAUAUUUUAUCGUAAUUA